AUGUACGACGACGUCCAGAAUAACGUACGCGGGCUACGCUCCCUCGGUGUUUCCAGUGCGAGCUAUGCCUCGAUGAUGGUGGACAUACCGUUAUCAGCGUUGCCGUCGGAAUUGGUCGUCGAAUACCACCGGCUGGCUCGAUAUGGAACUGUUUUAGAGGAGCCUACAGCGAACACUCAGAGCGCACAGGUCGACGAACAUCCGUCGAGUAGUGUGGAUCCGACAACAAGCAGCGAGUUGACCAAAGUCUUGAACUUUCUUCGCAUCGAAAUAGAGAGUCGUGAACGCUCUGGUGUAAAAGAUCGUACAAGCACACCUCAGCUUUUCCCAACGCCACAACGUACGACUACAACUUCUCACAGAACGCCCAGAGCUAAAGGUAGCAACCUUACCUCUACGGGAGCAGUACUACAGAGCAGCGCACAGGUAGCACCCAAGUGCUUCUUCUGCAACGCAGUUGACCACGACGCGCCACACUGCCAGUGCUCCAUGUCCCUAGCAGAGAAACGAAGCAAGCUGGCAAAGGAUAUGCGCUGCUACCGCUGUACCAAGAGAGGUCAUAGAUCCAAGGACUGUCGAUCGAGGAUAAGUUGCAGCCACUGUGGGAGGCGACACGCGCCGUCGUUGUGCGACCCGUCACAGUCAUCUCAGAGCGCCUCAACAGAACCCAGUUCGAUGGGUACGACCAACAUGAUGGCAACCCACCACCACAGUGUGCCGGCUCAACAGGACACCAGCGUAUUGCUGCAGACAUUCCGUGCUUGGGCAACCUCCGACCAAAACGCAGCUUAUAUUCGAGGCAUCAUCGACGGAGGGAGCCAGCGCACCUUCAUUCGAGAGGACGUGGCCACGAAACUUAAGUUGACGACUGUGGGGGAAACCACUCUCCAGAUAAACGCCUUUGCAAACAACACACACAGAACACCAACUAUAGUGAAGAUUGUGAAGCUCGGGUUACGCAGUCAGUACGGCCCACAAGAGUACAGCAUUGAAGCUCUGACGGUACCCUUUAUUUGCAAAGACCUUACGGCUACGCCUGAAGACCACGAAUUUGUACAGUCAAUUUGUUGCGACCACGUGUUCAUCGCCGACGAGCUGGUGCACCGGAACGUCCCAUCAGAGGUCGGGAUAAGUCUCCUGAUUGGCUGCGAUCAGAUGUGGAAGCUCCUAACCGGUGAACUGAAGCGAUGUGACAGAAAUGAGAAGUUUGUGGCUAUUUCCACGGUCUUUGGAUGGACUUUCCAAGGCCCAGCGACUCUGGACUGUCGCCUCUCUAAGGAGACCACGACAGCCGUGUGCGUACUCCGCGUUGGAGGGACACAACAUCAAGAAUCAGACGUACUUAAACGAUUCUGGGAAUUGGACAGCAUCGGCAUAACAGAUGCAGAUACUUCAAACGUAGAACACAACGCGUCGAUCCUGGAAGAAUUUCAGCGACAGUUAACUAUGAAAGAUGGCCGAUACGAGGUAACACUUCCUUGGAAAGCUGGUACCAUUCAAAUGGCAGACAACUUAGAGUUGGCAAAAUCCCGAUUGCGAGGUCUGGUAAGACGGCUGCAACGUAAUGGCCAGGUGGUUGAGUAUGAUGAGGCCAUACAAAGUUAUAUAGAGAACGGGCACGCAGAGAGAGUGGUUGGCGAUUCACCAGAAUCUCGAUACACGUACUACAUGCCUCACCGAGCCGUAAUCCGCAGCGGAUCCACCUCGACCAGAGUCCGGGUUGUCUUCGACGCCUCUUCGCAUGGUCCAGGUGCUAUGUCUUUGAACGACCACCUCGAAAAAGGACCGAAAUUGAACUCUGACCUGGUUCCGAUUUUGCUGCGAUUCCGUAUGCACACGAUCGCUGUUACUGCAGACAUACAGAAAGCCUUUCUGCAAGUUGGCAUCAAUCCAGCCGACAGAGAUGCCUUACGUUUUAUGUGGUUUACCACCGCACCUCUACAAGGAUCCACGCUUCCACCGCUUGAAGUCUGGAGGAUGACUAGGGUGCCGUUUGGUACUACCGCGAGCCCUUUCCAACUCAGCGCCACCCUUCAACAUCACCUGAGGUGCACUACAGGAUCCGAAGAAGAUAUUGCCCAUGCGCUAAUAAACUCCUUCUAUGUGGACGACUUACUUACGGGUGCCAACAAGUUGGAAGAGGCACAGCGGAUAGUCAGCAGUGCACGACGCAUACUGCAAAAGGCAGGUAUGCAACUGACUAAAUUCGCGUCAAACUCCUCUGAACUUCAAACGACCUUUGAGCAGUUUAGCAAAGAAGACCAUAACGCUGAGAGGCGGUUGUGUGAACCGGAAGACAGCAGGGUUCUUGGCAUCGUAUGGAAUAAGUCGACUGACCACCUCAAGUUCUCCGGAGAACACCUCCUAGAUACCAUUAUAGCGGCCAAGUCGACUAAGCGCAGUGUCUUGCAGACAUCUGCAAAAAUCUUUGACCCGCUUGGCUUUCUUUCUCCAUACACGAUAAGAGUAAAGAUUUUAUUUCAUCGGCUAUGGGAAAGAGGCCUCGACUGGGACGCUCCGUUGCCAGCGGAUAUAUCUAAAGAAUGGGACUCCUGGUGUGCUGAUCUACCGAAGCUUCACAGUAUUUCCCUGGAGCGGUGCUUGCUACCUGGUGAAGAAACCGACUAUUCCACAGAACUUCACAUUUUUACCGAUGCAAGUCCGCAAGCCUAUGGAGCCUGUGCUUUCUUGAGAGUGGUUGACGCAAAAGGAAACAUUAAAGUGGGACUAGUGUUUGCGAAAAGUCGUGUAGCGCCCCUCAAGAAACUUACGCUUCCACGGCUGGAACUGAUGGGAGCUAUGAUAGGAGUGCGUAUCGCCAAACUGGUGUGCGACUCCUUACCAACGAUAACGAAUGUGGCCACAUACUGGACAGACUCCAGCAUUGUACUUGGUUGGAUAAAGGGAAAUGCCAGCAAAUGGAAGCCCUUCGUCAAGAACCGAGUGAUGGAAAUACAAGAAAAAAGCGAUCCAUCACAUUGGCGACACUGCCCGGGCGUAUUCAACCCAGCUGACGCCUUGACAAGAGGUCUUACCGUUUCUGCCAUGGCUGAGUCCCGGCUGUGGUUUCUAGGACCAAGUUGGCUAGCUGAAGUACAGUCAUUAUGGCCGCCAGCGGGUACCUGA